CUUGAAUUAGUGCCUCACCGGGUAAUGUCUCAUCAGAGGACAGGACGGUAUCAUGAGCGGAAGAAGUCUGGGUUACGAUGGUUUGUGAGCAAUUGAAAGGCGAGACAUGUGCGGCAGAAAGGCUGCGUCUCGUCUCGCCUAAAAGCAGCCGGCGGCCGCUCAGCAGCAGCCGGGACCGUCGGGACCGGACAUUUUUUGCAAAGACAGACUCCAGACGAAGAAGACGCAACAUGUUUGAAGCCUCAGGGAUUCCUCUCAUCCUGUUGGACAUUACCUGCCUCAUCCUCGUUGGACUUCCAUUUUUUAUUCUCACCCCACAACACAACCCUUUCAAACGGGGUUUCUUCUGUAAUGAUGAGUCCAUCAGAUACCCUCUUAAAGAGGACACAAUAUCCUACCAGCUGCUGGGAGGAGUCAUGAUCCCCUUCACACUGAUCGUGAUCGUAUGUGGCGAGUGCCUUUCCGUUUACUUGUCUCGCAUCAAGAACCAGUCUUUAGGGACCAAGUAUGUGGCGUGUGUCUACAAAGCUGUUGGGAGCUAUGUAUUUGGAGCUGCUGCCAGCCAGUCUCUGACAGACAUAGCAAAGUACUCCAUUGGUCGACUGCGGCCAAACUUCCUGGCUGUAUGCAAACCAGUCUGGGAUCGCAUCAACUGCAAAGCUGGUGGAUACAUUGAGAACUUCACCUGCACUGGAGACAAGUUCCUGGUAGAUGAGGCCAGACUGUCGUUCUACUCUGGCCACUCAUCCUUCUCUAUGUACUGCAUGCUGUUCCUUGUACUAUACAUUCAAGCCAGACUGAAGUCAGAAUGGGCGAGGCUUCUGCGUCCCACCAUCCAAUUCUUCCUGAUUGCAACUGCUGUGUAUGUGGGUCUAUCCCGGGUGUCUGACUACAAACAUCACUGGAGUGACGUGCUUGCUGGCCUCCUGCAAGGGGGUCUAGUGGCUAUUUUCACAGUGUUCUGUGUGUCCAACUUCUUUGAACAGCCAGUGGACGCGGUGGUAUCCCAAGAGGAAGAAGCCUCACCAACCAGUUUAGGGGAAAACCCUUCCACUAUGAACCACUAUGGUAGCACUGACUGAAUCUGAGGCCUCAAAGACAAUUCUGUGUAGGGCCUCUGUCACUUAAUAUGGCCAGAGAGGACCUAAAACACAUCAAUGAAUUGCAAGUCUUCCAUAUUAACUGCUGGCUGUUCCUGUGCAUUUAAUCAACACAGUUUACCCCAUGGAGCCAACGCUGGAGCCUGCAGGCUUAACCUGUUACCUUUGGUGUGGUCAGUAAACUUUGAUUACAGCAAGAAAGUGUACUACAUAAGACAGUAUUUGCACUUUACUGAGAUAUAAAGAAGCAGAAGUUUCUGACAGGUUUUUGGCUAAAUACAAUUUAAUACAGUUAAUUAUGGAAUGACAAAACAAAAUACAGUUGUGCAUGUUGGGUUGAACUUAGAGGGAAAAAAAGCAUUUUACAGUGUAAGCUUGUUGGAAAUGUGGUUUCCAGUGUAUAUUGGUCUGAUGUUGCCAUUUUGAAUGAAUGAAAUUCCUUUUGCCCAGAAUAUAAUGAGCGUCUGUGUGCGCACUGCAAGCAGGCUUGUAGAGAGCCUGGCACCUGUGAAUAAGAAAACCUGGACUGUCCUUAAACUUAAAAUGGAGCCUGAACUCAUAAAUAAUAUAUUUUAUGUUAAAUUCUUCGCCAUAGUCAGAUUGCUGCUACCUGCUGUUGUGUCCCAUACCUGAUGUUAUUUUAUUGUAAUGUAUGGAAAAUACAGUGAAUUCACUUUUGUUUGUUUUUACUAUUUGUAUGAAGCUCUAUAUGUUUUUGUCCAUGCAAAAGCUUUAAACAGUAUUGUUUAGAGCAGGACUGGGAAAAAAUGAGACGAAUAAAGUGAGCUCCAUUUUGCAACUUUGAUACAAAUGA